UACUUCACUUGAGCGAAAGCUUAACCUGAGUGAUCAGACACAGCUUCACUCAUAUAAUUCCAAAUUUCUCACAGCUGGUUAGAAUACCCAGAGUCAGAACUGAGCGCAGUGCGGAGCUCUGCGUGUUACAAACUCUUGAUCUCUGCAGCCAGCGCGACAAAUUCAUUUAAAAAAAGUAAUCUUACAUUUUUUCUAACAUUUGUUUAAAGUUCCGAAGUCAAAAGUUACAAAGACAUUCCUCCAGAAGGAAAGAUAUCAGCGCCAGUUUAUCCUGAAAUCACCGCAAUGAUGGAUUCUACAGAGAAAUUAAACGGAGAAAAAAACGCAGAGAUUCACAAAAGUGCCCACAGAUCUCUCCUGUUUAGAUGUUUGGUGGCGCUACCUACAGUUCUGUGUUUCAUAUUAUCGCUGAGCUCCUUAGCAUUUUGUUUUUUUGUGAGUUUCAAAGCAUACCAGUUGGAAAACAGGGUGAACGAUUUGGAGAUGGAAAAAAGAUCUGUAUUUCAUCCUUCAGAAACCACAAUCAUCGGAGAAGAUGGAAACGUAUUACCUGUACUUCAAGAUACGAUUGAAAGACUCAUACAAGAGAGGUUAAAUGAAGCGAUGCCUAAGCUACGACCUGUAAGAGAUGUGGACCGAGAGUGUUCCUGCCCUCCAGGCCCUCCAGGAAAACGAGGGAGGGUAGGCAGAAGAGGUGAUCCUGGACCUCCAGGCACGCCAGGCCGAGAUGGUUACCCGGGUCCUCUUGGUUUGGAUGGAAAACCGGGCCUUCCUGGAGUCAAAGGGAGUCAGGGACCUGCUGGACCAAAAGGAGAUAAGGGGGACCAAGGAGAUAUUGGUCCAAGGAUGGUCUUUCCUCGCUUCGACCAUGGAUUUCUCUCUGCUGAUCAGCCUAGCUUUCAGCGGCGGAUUUUAAAGGGUGAUCAAGGACAGGCUGGCCCCCCUGGUCCUCCUGGCCCCCCUGGUUCUCCAGGUCCCAGAGGACCUCCUGGGAACACAGGGAAAGAUGGGCCCCGUGGCCUUCCUGGAGACCCGGGUCUUCGUGGUGCAGAUGGGAUUGAGGGACCCCGUGGGCCUCCAGGAAUAAGGGGUGAAGAUGGUGAAGAAGGUCCUCCAGGGCAACAGGGAUUUCCUGGGCCUAAGGGAGAACAAGGUGCAGCUGGCUCUCAGGGAGAACCAGGAAUGGACGGAUUGCCAGGCACAAAAGGGGAAAAGGGAGAGGUGGGUGAUCCUGGGCCUCAUGGUGAAAUGGGGCAGCCUGGAAUUCCUGGCGAGAAUGGAAUGAAGGGAGAACCUGGUCAGAAGGGAGAGGAGGGAAUGACUGGGCCCAGAGGUUUACCUGGCCUGAAAGGUCAACCAGGUGCCACAGAAAUAAUUGACUACAACGGAAAACUUCAUGAAGCCCUUCAGGCAAUCCGGGCUAUCAGUGUUGCGGGUCCUCCUGGUCCUCCUGGUCCCCCAGGUCUAAUGGGAGAGCCAGGACCAAAGGGUGAACUGGGAUUACCAGGACCACCUGGAGUUGAUGGGGAAAAGGGCCCAAAGGGUUUGAAAGGAGACAGUGGUACUCCUGGAAUGCCUGGUCUGAAAGGAGAGAAAGGGGAAAUGGGCCUGUCUGGGCCUGCUGGUAUUGAUGGACAAAAAGGAGAGAAAGGGGACUCAAUCUUGUCAAGCCUGGAAGAUACCCUUGUUCAAAUGAUCUCUCCGCCUGGCCCUCCUGGUCCCCCUGGCCCACAAGGACCCAUGGGUCUUCAAGGUGUUCCAGGGACAAAGGGGGAACCUGGAAUGGAUGGAGUGAAAGGGGAUAAAGGAGAUUCUGGAGAGAGGGGACCCCCUGGACUGAAAGGUCCACCAGGUCCUACUGGAUUGGUUGGCCUUCCCGGUACCAAAGGUGAAAAGGGAAAAGUGGGGGAACCAGGAUUAGAUGGCUUCCCUGGCCUGAGAGGUGAAAAGGGCGAACGAGGAGAGAGAGGCGAGAAGGGGGAAAGAGGAUCAAUGGGCAGAAAGGGGAUGAAGGGGCAGAAGGGAGAGCAAGGACCUCCUGGAUUGGACCAGCCUUGUCCAGUGGGUGCUGAAGGUGGUAAAGGAGAGCCUGGGGAGACAGGUCUGCCUGGCCUGGAUGCUCCCUGCCCCUUGGGCCCAGAUGGACUCCCAAUACCAGGAUGCUGGCAUAAGUGAUGACUAACAAUGAAGCAUGGCCUCUGUACAUACUGAUAUGGUAUAUUUUGUAGAUGAAUAUCGUUUUUACCUUUUGUAAAAAAACUUAUAAUAUAUUGAACUUUAAUAAGGGACAAUGUUCUAUUCAUCAAUUAACUACGGAUGUGUUGACAAAAAAAAAAAAGGAAAAGUGGUUAUUAAUCCACAAAGAGGAUGUUUAGAAGAUGUGAGCAUCUGGUGGACUGAUAUUUCUUUUAAAAAAAGUUACAACGUAUAACCUUUACAUAGCUGUAAGGAAAUGUAAGUGCUGCUACAUGGUCUAACCGGUAAAGAAGACACCUAACAUUAUUGCCUGACUCACUGGUGUGUCUGCUGUGUUGGAUUGCAUGGAAAUGGAUUGGUUCAUUGGCAUUUGUGUGCUGUGGAAUAGUUCCCUUUUUAUUUUGCUUUGAAAGGAUGAACCAGCUUGGCUAAGACCCAAAAGGAAGAGAAUGUCUGAGCCUUAGACAGAUAUGGAGAGCUCAAUACAUUGAGUGGCUACUAAAUUGUACAUGAGAGGACACAUGUGUCAGGCCUGUGGAACAAAAGGGACUGCACAGUUUCUCAUGGAAAGUAUUGGACAGUGGGGCACAAGUUUCAGACCACUGUAUUUCACACUCUGGAAACCAAUUCAACUACAACAAGGGUGUCUAAAGAUCCUGGUGCAACAGUCGAUGACUCACCUGAGCAAUUCAUAAAGUCAACUUGAAUUUUGGGCUGCAUUUUUUAUUUGUCACAAAAGCAUUUUCUUCACUGUUAUUUCUGUGUGACUUCUCCUUUUGAGUCUAAACAAGAAAGGUAAAGAAAUGCUAAGACCUAUAAAACAAAUGGUGCUGUCUUGAUUGUUUUUAAAAACAUAUUUUUAAUGAAAAGAAGUUGAUGGGUUGUGUAUUGCCUUUUUGAAUAACGUCUCAACUGAAAUAUAUAAAUAUAAUGUAAUGCAACUUUUUCAUAAGUUGUCCUGGCAACAUUUUCAUUUAAACAAAUGUACCAUUUUUUUGGACAUUUAAUCAUGUUAGUGUUCUUAGAUAAUAGCCUAUUGUUUUCUAUAGGCAUGCAGUAUUAACUAUAAUAUUAUUAUUUAUAACCUAGGUUUCUACAGUUAUAAAACGUAUUACCGUGGCAUUCCUAUGAAUGGUAUUUUUCUUUUGAGAAAAGAAUAUUUGAACUAGGCACAUGCACACAAUUAAAUGGACUCAUGGAUUUGAUUUGAAAAUCUUAAGCUUCAAAACAAAACAAAAAAUAAAAUGCCCUGUUUGUUAAAUAAAUUGUUAUGAAGCAAAACCAUGAGCAACUUUACACAUUGCAGAAAUUUGAUGGUAUCAUACUGUACAUUAUCAUUGGGUUUCCUGCUAUGAAAGUCUAUUGAAAGGCAACUGUCCUUUCCAUUUCAUCUUACUCUGUCUUCCUCUCUCUAUACUGUACAUACAGCAUGUUUACCCCCAGCUGGUGCAUUUCAUUCAUAACUAUUCCUAGACUUUAGGCUGCAGCUUUAUCACAGUUUGGAAUGUUUUAGUGAGAACAUGCAAAACCAUUAAUUAGGGCAUUAGACUCAAGGCUUUCUCUUGACUGAAAUGGUCCCCUGCUGCUUGACUUUGCGGUCAAAAUGUUCAUAGCUAUAUCAUUAUUUUCUUUUCAGUUUUACACAAGAAAAGAUUACAUAAUCAAAUAAUAAUUAAGAAAAAUAUGAUUAACAUAAGUUAUCUUGAUUGUUUAACAAAUACAGAAACUAAGAUAAUUAAUCUGUGUUUUAAUCCAUAUAUUUAGGUGGGCAUUGAUGGUUUGUAAGAUGGCACCACUGUAAAGUAGAACAUACUGUACAUGUUCAGCUAUUUAAACUGCUUUUAUAUUCAGUUCUAUUUGAUUAUAAAGAAUGGCACUGAGUUAAUCAGAGUACAGCUUUUAAAUAUAAUGAACAACAUACAUAUUAUUUGUUGAAGGGUUUCAAGAAACAUAAAAUUAUUUGAUGGCUUUUUCAGUGUUUUCACUGUUCUGCAGUGAUUGGGCAAGCUCUUAUCUUCAGCUGUAAGUCCAUGUUUUCAUUUGCCUGUCUGCAAUUGGUUAAGAAGCUUUCCUAAAAUAGCUUUUCCAUAUGUGUGAAUAUGUGUCUGAUGUUUGAAAUAAUUUUAUAUUUUUACUUUCUUUGUUCAUUUGUUUGUGAUGAUAGUGAAGACAUCACCCUUUAUGUACAGCAUUAAAAAGAGAGAUACUGAAAAUAAACGAGCUACAAUAGGAGGAAAACCGUU